UUGUUGCUUCAGAAUUUGUGUGCAGAGGAGCUUAUUUUCGUGGGUUUUGAACUUCAUCCGCAUCACGUUCUUUGAGGUGCUUUCGGGGAUUCGAAUCGGAAGAUGGGCUGGUGUGAAUGGUCAUUUUAUAGUUCCGAAGCCAUCGUUUUCGUUUUCCUUUUUUCCUUUUCUUUUGGAGAUGGAAGAUCGAGACAGGAACUUCGUGAAGCGAGAUUAGAACCAGUUUCCCGUGCACUCUGCUUCGCCAGCUCUUCUCCUUUCGCCUCUUCCAGGGCGUGAUGAUUCUCAUAUCCGCUGUGUUUAGAACUAGUAUCUAUCUGUUUGUUCAUCUGAUCUUCUUUUCAGUAGUAUUGUUCAUUCGACUUUGCAUAGUGGACUUGCCUUGCAUGCAUUAUGGACAUAAUAAGUUGUGUCUUCGGGAUGCAUAUGCCGAAAAUGUUGUUCCUGGAUUAUAACCUUUAAGAGGUGCGACAAAGUUACUUUUACUGGUCAAGAGAAAAGGCAGCGACCCUUUAGACAGGAUGAGUGACUUGUUCCUAUGAUCUUAGCACGACUUGUCGAAAGCUCACUUGUUGGUGAAUAUUUUGUACUUGAGUUAUGGGUCUAGAGAGAGGAAGGUAAGCUCGAGAGACUUCAAGAUUUUACCGGAGAGUUUUAAUUUUGUACUUGAGUUAUGGACCCAUUUCUUCGUGUCGGCCUUCCUGUUUUUCUUGUGGACUUUUACCUUUUUGUUUUUUGAUUAUAUGUUGAGAUGAGGUAUUCUGUUGGAGCAAUCAAUCAUGGAUUGAAUCCUGUUUGCUGUUGCAGGCUUGUGAGAUGAUCCAAGACCUUUCACUGCUUGUGAUACUCUUUAUAAAGGACGAGGGAUGGUCUUGAUGAAUCAGGUUCAUGAAGUUUCUAUUUGGUUUUCUGAAGGGCUCAUGCAUGUAGACAAUCUUCUGUCAUAGUUAGUGUUUAAUAGAAUGUGCCGUAGAAAAUCAGUCUCUCAUGGAUGGAACUGUGCUGGACUUCAUAUUUCUGGCAUUUUCUUAAUCUUAGUUCCUUGCUGCAAUUUUUUGCUGUUUCAAGAGUGUCUACUCGACAUAUUAUGACCCUUUUUGGCAGUCAUUCAGUUUGACAGUGGGAUUCAGAUGUUGGGUUAACAAUCUAUGUCUUUUCACUUUACCAUUUCAAGAAUUGGUGGAUAUUUCAGCAACUAUACUCGUUUGCAUGAUUAAUACAUAAGUUCUAUCAAUUCAAUGUCUUGGUAUGUCGGUAGCAGCCCAUCUAGAGAGGCUUCCACCAUAUCACAGUUUGGACUUGUGCCAAUGCCAAAAGGUUCAAGCAUAAAGAUGGGAGUUCCACUGCAACAUUCUAGUGGUAUCAAACAAUUGAAUGUUCACUUUCAAGAGCGGGACUUGUGUUCUACUCAAUCAACCAGUCAAUCAUUCAGUGAAGUGCCUAAUAUAGGAGGAAGUACUGACUGUAGCCAAGCCACAGUUUUAGAACAGACAGAACAUGGUGAAACUGAAGGGCAAUCAGUGAGAGGACAAGCAAAAUCAGCCUUGUCAAUGGGAACUCAGGAUUUAGUCUUCCAACCUUUAGAGGUGUGCAUCCCACUCCACUAUGCUGAACCAUCCUUGGGUGGUUUUAUGCCCGCUGCUUAUGGGCCACAGGCUAUGAUCUCUUACCCUCAAAUGGCAGGAAUGAUACCUUCUCGACUGCCUCUGCCCUUUGAUACGACACAAGAAGAACCGGUCUAUGUAAAUGCAAAACAGUAUCAUGGUAUUCUCCGGAGAAGACAGUACCGCGCAAAGCUCGGGGCUGAAAACAAGCUCAUCAAGGAUAGAAAGCCUUACCUUCACGAAUCUCGGCAUCAUCAUGCAGUAAGAAGGCCAAGGGGAUCCGGUGGGCGUUUUCUCUCAAAGGAUCAGAAAGAAUCAAAAUUUACCUCCCUUAAUGAUGAAUCAAACGUCAAAAGCACCGCAAGGGUGUCUUCAGCCAUCGAUUUACCGAAUUCAGAGGUGUGUCAGCUGAAAGAUCACAGAGACACCGGCUCCACCACCUCUUGCUCCAAAACGACUCAAACCACCACCAGCAGUGACGCCAUCCCGGUGUCAAAAUUCAGGUUCUUUGGUCAACCUUGGCAUGUGAUGACCACGUGUGAUCCUUCUUGUGACGUUCGUUAUAGUGGGGAUAUUCGCCAUCUUUCUCUGCCAGGUGAAAGAUGAGUCGGAACAACAAUCACAGUCGUCAGCUCUGUGAAUCUGGCGCUUGAGUGGAGAAAGUACAGCUGCUGGUUUCAAUGGGAAGUCAUCCUUGGCUCUGUUACCGUUGCUUCUUAUUAGGUAGCUUUUUUAAAACUAUUUUAACUGCCAGGCUAGUCAAAACAUACAAAGCCUGCGGAUUGUGGUCUCUGUUACGAGACUGUCGUCCUUAAUAAGCUUAUUAAGCGCACGAAGAACACACGCCCUGAUGGUGUAACUUGAAAGUGUCGAGCAGCCGUCAUUAUGCUAAGCACGUGAGUUGUUUGCCUGAUAAUUCUCGGAAUUUCAGUUGCAUGUUUUUUGGGUCAGCACUUUUCUCAAGUGAAGAGGAGCAUUUUUUA